AUGGCAGACUCCGCUACAACAGCACCUGCGCCAGCCGCUCCCAUGCCGAAGAAGGCGAAGGCCGCGGCCGCCAGCAAGAAGCCCCGCGUCAAGCCGGCUCACCCUCCGACGUCGGACAUGGUGAACGCGGCCAUCAAGAACCUGAAAGAGCGCGGUGGUUCGUCUCUUCAGGCCAUCAAAAAGUACAUCGCGGCCACACACACAUCAUUCUUCUUCUAGACGUGGACUUGAAAACACAAAAAAAUCAACCACUCCGGAAUCCAAUGGAGAA